AUGGCCCAGGGGGGCUGGGCCCCGCCACGUUUUGCCACUCCAUUGCACCGACACGUGGGACGGGGUGCUUUCCGGGAGGUAUACGAACCUGCCGAAGACACGUUCUUGUUGCUGGAUGCACUGGAGGCAGGGGCCGCGGAGCUCGCGGGAGUAGAGAUAUGCCUUGAAAUAGGAUCAGGAUCUGGCAUCGUAUCUGCAUUCCUGGCUUCAGUUAUUGGCCCUCGGGCUUUGUAUAUGUGUACUGAUAUCAACCCCAAAGCAGCCGACUGUACCUUGGAGACAGCACUGUGUAACAAAGUUGACAUUCAGCCAGUAAUUACAGAUUUGGCCGAGGGCUUGCUACCGAGGUUACUCAGCAAAGUCGAUCUUCUGAUAUUUAACCCACCCUAUGUAGUAACACCUUCUGAAGAGGUAGGAAGUCAUGGAAUAGAGGCAGCUUGGGCUGGUGGCAGAAAUGGCCGAGAAGUCAUGGACAGAUUCUUCCCUUUGGUUGCAGAUCUACUAUCACCAGGAGGAUUUUUCUAUUUAGUUACCAUUAAAGAAAACAAUCCAGAUGAAAUUAUGGAAACAAUGAAGAAAUAUGGUUUACAAGGCAAAAUUGUACUUUCCAGACAAGCAGGACAAGAAAUUCUUUCAGUCCUAAAAUUCACCAAGUUCUAAUAUACGUAAUGUGAAAUGUUCAGUCACUAGUAUACUUUUAAAGCCAAAGCUAUUCCAAGAGCCAGGUAAAAAUGUGAAUUGUAAUUUUUUAAGUGUUGAGAACAAUUUAGGCAAACUAAGUUAAAAAUCAGUGCUUUUCAAAAUGUAAUCUGUGGCUUUUCAAGAAAAGUCUCUCUGGGCUUUAAGCUAAGUCAGAGUGGUUUAUUGAACAGUGUUCAUAAACAUUAAUAAAAAUGUUAUGUCAUAGCAAAUGUCACUGUCACUAAGUAAUGAGAGAAGGGUUUGACCUAUAUGUUUAUUGUUCAGUCAUGUUCAGCUCUUUAUGUCCCCAUGGACCAUAGCACGCCAGACCCUUCUAUCCAUUAUCUCCUGAAGUCUGUCCAUGCUCUUUCUUUUUUUUGCUUCCAUUACAAUAUCUAUCCAUCUCAUCCUCUGCUAUCCCCUUUACCUUUUGCUUUCAGUCUUUCUCAAUAUCAGCCUUUCUUCCAAUGAGUCCUGUCUUCUCAUUAUGUAGCCAAGGUAUUUCAGCUUCAGCUUCAGUAUUUGACCUUCCAAUGAGUAGUCUGAAUUAAUUUCUUUAAGUACUGACUGAUUUGAUCUCCUUGCUGUCCAAGGGACUCUCAGAAGUCUUCUCCAGCAGAAUUUGAAAGUGUCGAUUCUGCAGUGCUUAGCUUUACAUAUAGUACACUCUCACAGCCAUAUAUUGCUAGUGGAAAACCUGUAGCUUUGAUUAUAUGGACCUCUGUCAGCAAGGUCAUGUUUCUUUUUUUUAGUAUGCCAUCCAUGCUUGCCAUAGCUUUCCUUCCCAGGAGCAAAUCUCUUUUAAUUUAAUAGCUGCAAUGAUCUUUGAACCCAAGAAUAUAAUCUGACAUUUUCCAUUUCUUCUCCUCCUAUUUGCCAGGAGGUGAUGAGACCAAUUGCCAAGAUCUUCAUAGUUUGGGUUUGGUUUUUUGAUGUUUUUAAGCUUCAAGCCAGUUUUUACAUUCUCUUCUGUUUUCACCCUCAUCAAGAGGCCUCCUUAUUCCUCUUCACUUUCUGCCAUCAGAGUGAUAUCAUCUGCAUGUCGAGAUUGUUGGUAUGUCUCCCAGAAACUUUACUCCUGGCUUUUGAUUCAUCCAGCCUGGCAUUUCAUAUGCUAUUCUCUGCAUACGUUAAAUAAAUAAGAUGACAAUAUAUAGCUUUGUCAUACUCAUUUUCCUUUCUUAAGCCAAUCAGUUGUUCCAUGUUCAGUUCUAACUGUUGCUUCUUGGCCCACAUUCAAGUUCCUCAGGAAACAAGGAAGGUGAUCUGAUGCUUCCGUCUCUUUGAAGACUUGUCCCAUUUUGUUGUGAUCCACACAGUGACAGACUUUAGUGUAGUCGGUGAAGCAGAAAUAGAUGCUUUUCUGGAACUCCCUUGCUUUCUCCAUAAUACAGCAAGUGUUGGUAAUUUGGUCCCUGGUUCCCUGCCUCUCUGAAAACCAGCCUGCUCUUUCAGUAAUUGUCAGUUUACAUAUUGUUGAAGCCCAGCUUGAAGAAUCUUAACUUGUAACAUUGCUGAAGGGUGAAAUGAGCACAGUUGUUCAGUUGCUGGAACAUUCUUUGAUCUCGUUCUUCAGGAUUUGUAUGUGAACUGAUCUUUUCCAAUCCAGUGGCCACUAUUGAGUUUUCCAAAUUUGCUGCCAUAUUGAGUACAGCACUUUUAACAUCAUAAUUAGGAUUUUAAAUAGCUCAGAUAGAAUUUCCUCCCCUCCACGAGCCUUCUUGUUAGUAAUGCUUCCUAAGGCCCACUUGACUUUAUUCUCCAGGAUGUGUGACUCUAGAUCAGCAACCACACCAUUGUAGUUAUUGGUGAUAUUAAGAUCUUUCAUAUAUAGUUCUUCUGAAUGUUCUUGCCAGAUCUUCUCAAGUCCCUACCAUUUUUUGUUUUUUAUCAUGCCUAUUUUUGAAGGAAACAUUCCUUUGAUAUCUCUAAUUUUCUUGAAGAGAUCUCUUUGUCAUUCUAGUGUAUUCUUCUGUUUCUUUACAUUGCUCAUUUAAAAAAAAAACCUUUCAGGGCAGCUAGGUGGCGCAGUGAGCAGAGCACCAGCCCUGGAAUCAGGAGGACCUGAAUUCAAAUGCAGCCUCAGACACUUGACACAUGUACUAGGUGUGUGACCUUAGGCAAGUCAUUUAACCCCAAUUGCCCUGCCCCCCCCAAAACACCUUUCUCCCUGUUAUCCUCUGGAAUAAUGCAUUCAGUUGGAUAUAUCUUUACCUUUCUCCUUUAUACCUUUCACUUUCCCUCUUUCCUCAGCUAUUUGUAAAGUCUCAUCAGACAUUUUGCUUUCUUGUUCUUUUUCUUUGGAUUAUUUUUUAUUGCUCCUUCCUGUACAGUAUUGCAAACCUCUAUCCAUAGUUCUUCAGGUACUCUAUUCACCAGAUCUAAUCCUUUAAAUUUAUUCAUCACUUGUAUUUCAUAUUCAUAAGGGAUGUUAUUUAGGGCAUAUACCUAUACAGUCUGAUGGUUUUCCCUACUUUCUUUAAUUUACAUGGGAAUUUUUCAGUAAGAAGCUCAUGAUCUGAGCCACAGUCAGCUCUGGCUCAUUUUAACUAACUGGAUGGGACUUCUCCACCUUUGGCUGCAAAAAGUAUGUAACCAGUCUGAUUUUGAUAUUGACCAUCUUAUCUUGUGAUGUCCAUGUGCAGAAUCACUUUGUGAGUUGUUGGGAGUUUUUGCUAUGACCAGUGAGUUAUUUUGACAACUCUAUUAGUCUCUACCUUGCUUCAUUUUGUACUCCAAGGCCAAACUUACCUGUUAUACCAGUUAUCUUUUGAUUUCCUGCUUUAGCAUUCCAGUCCCCUGUGAUGAAUGUGAUAUGGUUUUUUGGUGUUACUUCUAGAUGUUGUAGUUCUUCAUAGAACUGAUAACUUUGGCCUCUUCAACAUUAGUGGUUGGAGCAUAGACUUCUAUUGCUGUUCAGUCACACAUACAAAUGUACUUUCAUUAGAAAAAUAAUUUUUAAAUCUCAGCAGAAAAUAUUUUCUCUCUCCUGAAAGAAAUCACUUCCUUUUAGAAUUUUAUUGUGGGUUUUCCUACAUGGUUCUUUUAAGGGAUGAGUGAUAGGGUAGGGAUAGGGAUAGGGUCUAGACCUUUGAUUUCAAUGUAAUAGAGAACUCCAGAAUGAGGAAAUUCUGUGAAUGCAGGGUAGCACCAUCUUCUUAAGUUUAGAAAUCUUAAGAGAGUUGCCUAGAGCAUUGAAAGGUUAAGUGAUUUUUCCAGGAUCACAGAGCCAGUAUAUCCAGCUGGAUUUGAAUCCAGUUCACUGUACUACACUGGCUCUCAUUUGAUCAAUAUGAAUUAUAAAAAAAUGUUUUGUGAAUGCCAAAUCAUGAUUUCAGAGGACCAAAAAGAAAGCACAUUACCACCCAUAUCCUGCCAGAAAGGUGAUGGACUUAAAAGGGGUUUUUUGUUGUUGGUUUUUUAUUAUUUUUAUCAUUAGCAAUUUGUUGGGGACUGGGGGGUGGUAGCUAAUUGGAAAAAAUACUAAAAUUUAGUUUUAAAAAAUAUUUUGCAACAAGCAUGUAUACUUUCUAAAAUGGGCAGCAUAAGAUUGAUGGCAUUUCAUGCCACCGAUAUGACAAAAGGGGACCUAAUAUCCACAUAUCGUAUUGAAAGUAAUUUGUUCCCACACCAAGAACAUUUGGGUUUUAGUUCUUUGGACUUUGGUUAAUAGACUUUUAGUAUCAUGAGAUUUAAAUGUUCUUGUAUUUAUUGUUGAAACUUUUGGGUUAUUUGUAUAAACCCUUUAACACAAUUAUACAAAUGUUAUUCUUGACCAGAAAAAUACUUUUUGUCUUUACAGAAUGAGAGGAUACACUAUCAAAUGUUGGUCUAAAAAUAAAACUGCUAUAUUGCUAUUAAAGCCUUGAAAAGUAGGUAUUCCAUUCAUUACAUAAAUGAACUGUGAAAAGUGAAUCCCAGAAAGUUAUUUUAAAAAUUCCUUUGACUUCUGAGGUCAAACACAAAAUUAGUAAAGAUUCUGGGAGAAUUCUUCCCCUAAAUAUAAUUUUCAAACUACUAUAAAGUUGUGGUUGUAAAAGUGCUAUAUGUUAUAUAUGGUUUAUUACCAGUGUAUGACAUUUUUGAUCUUGAACUUAAGUAACUAUGACAAGGUGAGACUGAUUUAUGCCAUUGUACAAAGUAGUACUUCACUAACACCUGAAGACUGCUUAUGCACUUUGAUUUUUUUUUUAAGUUUUAGCUAAUUUAUGCUGCUAUAAGUUGACAAAAUUAUUAGGCUCUUAAAUUUUAUUUUUCCUACCUUGAUCCCAGUUUUUGGUAGGUAAGAGAAAACUUGACAAUAAAAUUGGAGGUCACAUUGUA